AUGCGGGUGUUGGACUCCAAGACGCUGCGGGAGAAGCAAAUGGAGUUUUGUGGCUGGAAAGAAGCGCAGCAGCACUUCAGCAGCAUAAAACUUUUGGAGACAAUUACUUUGACCAACUUCCCCCUCAAGGCAGCAGGCUCUCCCCUCCUCGAGCUCCCCAGGCUGCUGACGCUGUCAAUGGGGGGCAGUCUGCUGCGGGACUGGGGCGAACUUUGUCUCAUCUUGUGCUGCUGCAAAAGUCUGAAGAGUCUUUGCCUUGCUGACACGCGGCUGCAGCACUUCGAGCUGCUGCUGCAGCAGCAACCUGCUGCUGCUGCUGCUGCUGCAGAGCCUGCAGCAGCAGCUGCUGCUGCUGAUGCACACAGCUGCCGCAUUGCGGCGGCCCUCCAAAGACUCCUGAAGCAAAAAGACGCAGCAAGGACCCAGACCGAGCCAGAAGAUGCUGCUGCAGCUGCUGCAGCUGCCGCAGCUGCUGCAGCUGCUGCUGCGGCGCCUGCCUCCGCUGCUGCUGCUGCUGCUGCUGCUGGUUUGGUUCGCUGCUGCUCUCUCGAGAGCUUGUCUCUUGACAGCACAUUUGUGUCUUGGGCCGACCUGCUUUGCUUCAACUUUUUGGCCCCGAAGCUGCAGCAGCUUUCUCUCCGCAGCAACGGCCUCAGCGGCUGCAGCCCUUUGCCUCUUUUUUCGCCCCUGCAGCCUAAGCAGCAGCAGCAGCAGCAGCAGCAGCAGCAGCAGCAGGGGUGCUGCUGCAGGGA